AUGGAUGCGGACUAUAAGUAUCAGGCCGAAUAUGCGAAAAGCAGUCGAUCAAGUUGUCGAUCUUGCAAAAGCACUAUUGCAAAGGACUCACUGAGAAUAGGGGCCCUUGUUCAGUCCCACAUAUUCGAUGGGAAAAUGACCCUUUGGUACCACUACAGUUGCUUUUUCAAGAAAGCCAAAAUCCUCCAAACAAGUGAUAUAAAGAACUUCGAUGGACUGAAAUUCGAAGAUCAAGAGAAGAUUCGUGCAGAGAUGAAGAGUGAAAAAUUUCAGCUCUCCAAUUUUUGUAUUAAACCUAAUGGGGACAAUUCAGACAGGUGUUCGAUUUGCUCUAGAUGUAUCGAGGAUCCAUUCUUCAUUGAUGGAAGAUCAAGUGAAUUGGGCACGUCUUAUCAUGUCGAAUGCUUUAAUAAAAGGCAUCCCGGAACGGAUUUUUCAAAAAUUACUGGCUUCGGUAAACUCAAAGCGCAGGAUAAGUUUGAUCUGCUAGAUGCCGUGGCGAAUGCUAAGUCGCCUUCAAGUAAGCGUGGCGCUCAGGGCAUCGAGAAGUCUGGAAAUCUUGCUCCGUCCAGAAAAUCUACCUCAUCGACAGACGUGAAAGAAUCUUCCAAAGAUGCCUUAAAGAAGCAGAGCGAUAAACUGUGGCGCCUUCGGGAGCAGUUGGAUGCGGAAGUGUCGACAAGCGCUCUAGCCGGUCUGCUUGAGUUCAACUCCCAGCUGGUGCCCGCAGGUCGUGCUGCCCUCCUUGAUGCCGUUGCGGACGCGAUGCUCUUCGGUGCGCUUCCCCGCUGUCCCCUUGAUAGCGCUCCACUCAUCUGUGUCGAUGGCGGCUAUCGCUGCUCCCGUCUCGCUAACCACUGGGCACCCUGUCUCUUCUCCGCCACUGCAACCGACGCCACCUCUCUUGCUCGCAGCCCUUUUCGUGUACCCAAGCAGUACCACGAUGUCCUCUUCCUAAAGACAUAUAAAUGCAAACCGGGGGUACGUUUGUUUGCCGAGUCGUCGAGUGCUUCCGUGGAGACAUUCGAUAAAAAGACGCCGUUAGCAGGUUUACACUUCCUCCUCGAUCGUGGACCCUUUCCUGAGGAUGUGACUCAGCGCCACCUCGCCGCCACCAUCAGGGCCCUUGGCGGUUCACUCCUCACUGCGGUAACACGCGAAGGCAUAUUCGUGACAACCUCAUCAUCUGUGGAAACGGAAAGCAAAUUGGCGGCGCGUGCAAGAGUUGGCGGGAUGCGUCCGAUAACCUACAACCUGAUUCUCAAUAAAUCCCUAGCCAAAGCUUCCUCUGCCAAAGACGUUCAGCGGUUAAUCGCUGAGGAACCACUCGCCACCGUUUGGGACUUGGCUGAGUCAGCGUCAACUUCUGCCCAAUCGGUGGGUCGUAAGCGGAGAGCGGCGGUCGCGACGUCGGCGGAGGGCGGCAAUGAUGCAUUGAAGCGGAUGCGUGUGAAGGGCGGUGCUGUGGUUGAUCCCGCCUCUGGCCUUGAGGACCGCGCCACUGUCGCUCGUGAUGCUCAUGGCCGUCCGCUCUCCGCCGUCCUUGGCAUGGUUGACCUUGUACGCGGCUCAAACUCGUAUUACAAAAUGCAGGUGCUUCGCUCCGACAAGGAGCCGCAUCAUCACUGGGUUUUCCGUGCCUGGGGCCGCAUAGGCACGGAUAUCGGCGGCUCGAAAGUGGAGCGCUUCGUCAGUCUCGACGCCGCCAUGCAGCACUUCCACGACCUCUUUCUUGAGAAGACCGGCAACCCUUGGGGUACCGAGCGCGCUAAUUUCAUCAAAAUGCCUCGACGGUUUUACCCUCUCGAACUGGAACAAUUCGAUCCCAAGGACGAGGAAAACGGUGAAAAGACGAAAAUUGUGCAUCGAGUGGCAUCCAAGCUGGGAACUCGACUUCAGGAACUUAUUCAUUUCCUUUUCGACGUCGCCUCAAUGACCAACGCCUUGCUGGAGUUUGAGAUUGAUGUUAGGAAAAUGCCACUGGGGAAGAUAUCACGGAUGCAGAUUCAGGAGGCCUAUGGUGUUCUAAGCGAUCUCUCUAACAUACUAUCUCUGGGAAAGCCUAUCGAAGGGCCAGACAAGAGUCGUUUAAUCGGAGCCACAGCGCGCUUUUAUACGCUCAUUCCGCAUGACUUUGGUCUGAAGGUGCCACCCCUGUUGGACAGUUUGGAGGCAAUCAAAACCAAGUCUCGAAUGUUGGAUGAUCUAUUGAAGCUGGAGGUUGCAUAUUCCCUUAUGAAGACCGGCAACUCCGACGUCAAUCCUCUUGAUGAGCACUAUGCGAAACUGAAGAAUCGAAUUGAGCCCCUCGAUCGGGACUCGGAGGAGUUUAAACGGAUUACGGAGUUCCUGCGAGUCACUCACGCUCCGACGCAUUCCACUUAUACUCUGGAGGUGGUGGACAUUUUUUCGCUUUCGAGGGAGGGGGAGGCGGAGCGUUUCAAGGCGCUGGACAAUCGCAUGAUGCUCUGGCACGGUUCUCGUCGCACAAACUGGGCAGGCAUUCUGGCACAGGGUCUACGAAUAGCGCCUCCCGAGGCGCCUUCCACAGGGUAUAUGUUUGGCAAAGGCGUCUACUUCUCUGACAUGGCGAGUAAAUCCGCCAAUUACUGCUAUACCUCACCCAGUGCCUCACAGGGCUGCCUCCUCCUCUGUGAAGUGGCUCUCGGUAAAACGCACGACUGUUUCGCCGCCAACACCUCUCGACUCUCCAAGCAAUUUGGCAGUCGCAAAGGCGUGGGCGCAACCGCACCGAAGGUGGAGACGUACUUCAAAGAGCCCGAUAGCGGUGUCAUCUAUCCCAUUGGUGAGCCAGUGACCUCCGCAGACGUAAAAAGUGACCUCCUGUACAAUGAGUACAUUAUAUACGACACCGCUCAAAUCAAGCAGCGCUACCUUGUCUGGUCGGCUGGCAUCUCGCAGUGUCUCCUCCAGUCGUCCACCUCCGCUAUCGGCCUCGCCUCCAUCUCUCUACGUCGUCGUCUAUUGGCCAUCCGCUUCCAAACCGUGACACUGGCUCUCAUUCCUCCCCCAUUUGAUUUGGGGCAUGCAUCAGGCCACAUGGAGCCGGUUCUGCUCUUCCGCCAGUUGUGGACGAAGUACCAGCCGUCGUGCACUUGUCGAAGCGAUGACCUCUACUUCUCAAGUGUGGAUUACUUCAUCAUUAUGAGGAAGAAUGCCAGCGGUGUCUCACCAGGGCGUAAAUUUACCUUGACACUUCUACCUCCGAGAUCGCCCCCCUCGCUUAGUCAGUGUUGGUGUUGGCCCCGCUACCGAUAUCGCUGCUUUUCCAUCCUUCGAUCGUUGUCGCGCCUCUACGCAUCGUCUGGUCUACUACUACGCCAUCGAUUAACAACGCGAGAGACGGUCGGUCUACCUUCCUCGGUGCAUUUCUCCGUGGUUUAA